AUGGCGUCUACUGCGCGCAAUGAAAAGAGACUCAAGGUACUUAGUCUUGUCUUUCUAACAGUUCAAACUACUGCAUUGGUCCUGUUAAUGCGGUACACACGUCUUCCAUCUCCGAAAAAUCCUAUUGAUGGUCUUUACCUAACUUCCACAGCUGUUUUCUGUUCUGAAGUCAUGAAGGUUAUUUUCUGUUUCUGUGCUGUUUUUAUUCAAAAUGCACAAUCUCUUAAGGAUACACGUGAAGAGCUGGAGAUUGAACUUUUCUCAGCUCCGAAGGAGCUACUUAAACUUGGUAUUCCAGCUGGUCUCUAUACCAUUCAGAACAAUCUUCUUUAUGUUGCCUUAUCGAACCUCGAUGCUGCUACUUACCAGAUUACGUAUCAACUGAAAAUUCUCACUACGGCAAUGUUUAUGGUGUUGAUGCUGCAUAAGAAAAUCACUUCGAUUCAAUGGCUUUCUCUUGUGAUUCUCAUCAUGGGUGUCGCCUUCGUUCAAUUGGCUCCAUCUGCAAAUGCGUCCACAAACACUGGCGCACAAGCAUUGAAGGGCCAAAAUCCCUGGCUGGGAUUGACAGCAGUUAUUCUCGCCAGUCUUUCUAGUGGGUUCGCUGGAGUUUUCUUUGAGAAACUCAUGAAAUACACCAAGCCCUCAAUUUGGAUUCGAAAUAUCCAACUUGGUAAGUUAUACCAUAUCAGAUCGUAA